GUCAGGUUGCAUUAGGGGCCAUUCUUAAUGACCCCCUUUUAACUUAAUUACCUCCUUAAAGGCUCAAUCCGUCACAUUCUGAGGUACUAGAGUGAACACUUCAAUGUGUGAGUUUUAGCGGGACCUCUUUCUGCCCAAAGCAGUUGCUAACCCAGAAUAAGCAAAAUAAAAAAUCAGCCUCCAGUGCUUAAACUGAUUUUGCUCCAGUGCGGCGGGAGCUGCAACAUAUUUAAAAGGACGAUGGUGUGUGUAUGUGUGUGUGUGUGUGUGUGUGUGCAUGUGUGUCAUGCCCUGAGGGACACAGGAAGCAAGCUCAUCAUCACUCUGUCCUGCCUGACCAAGGAGGAUAUAGGCUGGUACCCGUGUGGCAUCCAGUGGGACUUUGCCAGGGACGACUUGGAUUUUACAGAGCUGGUUGUGACUGACGACAGAGGAGGCCUCGCCAGUGAUUUUUGGUCUGGGAAAGACCUAUCAGGCGACAGGAACCGGAGCUGCAGGGCUUCCAAUGUGGCGCACAAGGCCAACCCUCCAGGUGAUCUGUCUGUGAUUCCUUCCGGGAUGUCCAUUCUCAUAAUCUGCAUACUGAUCACAGGCUUGGGGAUAAUCUCUAUAAUUAGUCACUUGUCCGAAAGGCGGAGAAGCCAGAGGAAUAGAAGGGGUAAAGGCCCAGCUAGAAGCCAGAGAACCAGUCAAGCUCCUUCUGUGAUCCCCACACCUCUGCCAGUUGAAACAUGGCAGCUGGAAUCAAGGGCCCUUCUGGCUUUGAUGUUCCUGGGCUUUGAAGGGGUCCGGUUGCAUUAUAUCACCGAAGCUCGGUGGGAGGUGAAUGCAGGCCCCAUGUGCCAAGCAUCCCUACUCACUGACCAAUGGGCUUUGAAGUAA